UGGUCUGAACCUAUGCGUAGCAAAAUAGAUAUUAUGUCAUACGGUUCUGUUCAUCAAGCGGAUCAGCGACUCAGUAUAUCAGCUGAGAAGAGGGCAUUGCGUUUUAUUACGCGCAUUUCGAGGACGUUUCGCCGUUUUUGGCUUACCUGACCACGGAAGCUUUUGAAGAAAGGUAAUUUUAAAGUGCUUGUGGCCACGACGAUGCCUGAGGAGGAUACCCAGCCACUGUUGAAAGUGUGCACAUAUCCCGAACCGAGGUCUGGAGAGGCGAAGAUUAAGAUAAGGCUGCCUUGGGACAAAAUCCUGUCAGUAUGCUACAGUCUGUUGCUAUGUUGGCAAGUAAUCGGGAUUUGUUUAUACUUUAUUCGUUGCGUUAAGUGUUUCAGAGACAAGUCCUCAACGUUCCUUUGUGAAAGAAAUGCAGCUUUCCUGUAUUCAGAAGAACUUGAAGUCUUUUGGCUCGCUACUCAAACCAUUCUUAUCGUCGUUGUCAUCGUCUUAUUACCACGAAUACCAGGAUUCCUCGGCCUCAAGGCAAUCUUCAAUCGGUUGAUAUGUGUUCCCUCAUUUAUUACAUUAGUUCUUCUUCUCGUGAUUGCGCUGUCCAGAUAUGUUAUGUUAUUAGUAACAUCUCCCAAAACUUUCCUUACCAUGUCGAUUCUAAUCGGGUUUGCUCUAAAAUAUGCGCUGACAGUUUUAGCUGCAGCUAUGCUUAAUUAUACACAGCUAGGUACUUUAAAGCACCGAUAUCCCCCCUACGUGUUCUUAUUAUCGAAAUUGACGGUCUUUGUGAUUUCCCUCGUAAAUUUCAUCCAUUUCGCCACCUCGCUCAUUGCAAUAACUUUCAACGCUCAAAGUUUUCCUGCAGCGAUGAGUUCAGCAAACUCGUCGGAUUUUCAUGUGGUGAAUGAUUUGUUAGAAUACUUUGGCGUUACCAUUUUUCGGUUCAAAUUAAUGAGUUUCUUUUGGAAGAAGCUAUUCAUCGAUGACAAGGGUAUUUUUGAACAGCGUUAA